AUGCCGGGUGCACUUGGAAAUGCCGGGUGCACUUUGAGAUGCCGAGUGUACUUGGAGAUGCCGGGUGUACUUGAAGAUGCCGAGUGCACUUUGAGAUACCGGGGGCACUUGGAAAUGCCGGGUGCACUUGGAAAUGCCGGGUGCACUUUGAGAUGCCGAGUGUACUUGGAGAUGCCGGGUGUACUUGGAGAUGCCGGGUGCACUUUGAAAUUUUUGGCAUAUGAUAACGCAACUACUUGUGGAUUAGUAUGGACUCCGAAUUUCGUAGCUUACAGAUGCCGCACAUGUGGCAUAUCUCCGUGCAUGUCCCUGUGCACGGACUGUUUUAAAAGUGGAAACCACGUAAGGCACGAUUUCAAUAUGUUCCUCAGUCAGGCGGGUGGAGCUUGCGACUGUGGAGAUACUUCGGUCAUGAAAGAAGCAGGUUUUUGCGACAAACAUGGUCCAAAAAAGAGCUCCAGUAAAGGGAAAGCGCCAACUGACCUAAUGUGCGUUGCAGAAGCCAUGAUGCCCAGAAUUAUACAACGUUUGAUACAACAUCUUCGAGAAAACAGCGGAUCAGAUAUUCGAGGGUUGGAUAUCCACGAUACUCAAAGGAAGGCUAUACAAGAUGCUGAGAACUAUAUCACUAUGGUAGUGGAUUUCAAUAAUAUGGGAGGUUUGAUGAGACGAGUAAUAACGUCUGCUUUGACUAAUCCUCAGAAAUACAGAAUGUUAAAUCAAGUACCUGAGAACCCCGAGUCGGAGUAUGACCAAUAUUUGAUAGAAUCAAGGCUUGCCUACGAAAGAGCCUUGGAAUCCCUCCAAAAUACAGAGCCCCUAGAAGAAUACCAAGAGUACUACAAUUUUCAGGAAUCGUUAGUUCACAAAACUUUUCUGGAAGAGCUUGUGUUCUGGACCGUAAAAUAUGAAUUUCCCCAAAGGAUUGUUUGCCUCGUAUUGAACAUGCUUCCAGAUCCUGAUUACAAAGAAGCUCUGACUAGAGCGUUUGUCCUUCACUAUAGUCGCAUAUCCAUGAUGUUGGAGAGAUCUUCAGAUCCGGACACGUUGAGCAACCGAGUGGUGCAUGUCAGUGUACAGCUGUUCUCGAACGAAAACCUGGCAACAAGGAUGACGGAACAGUUGAAUCUUUUGCACGUUAUGGUAGUUAGUUUGAAGUACAUGAUGAGUAAGAUACUCAUAAGGAGUACGAUACAUGACGUAGAAGAAAACUGCCACUGGGUUGUUGACUGUGCAAAAACUGUCAUGAAAAACCAUUGCUAUUGGCCCUUGGUAUCGGAUCUGAAUAAUGUUCUGUCUCAUAGACCAGUUGCCUUGAAGUUUAUGUCUGAUGAUGGUCUGCUAGAAAUGUGGUUUUCAUUUCUCUCCAUGUUUCAAGGUAUGAACGUGAACCAGAAAGAAGUGGCUGCGCAUAUUGAAUUUGAGCCCAACACUUACUAUGCAGCUUUCAGUGCAGAACUAGAGGCGAGUGCCUAUCCUAUGUGGGCUCUGGUUUCUCAUCUGACAGAUUCCUGGACAGCCGCUUUAACUAGAAGGGUGUUAUCCCUUUGUAUCAAGGAACUGAGGGACUGGUUCGAGUCUAUUGCAUAUACAAAUCCUUCUGUGGAUGAUAGUCUUCAACUGUCUUUUCAUCUGCCGCUUCAUAGAUUUCUUGCAGUCUUCCUUGGUCAAGCCGUAUCUAAGCAGGGAAUCAAAUUGAAUGAGGUGCUGCCACCUAACGACUCGUUUCUGAACCUCGUUAUGAUGCAUCCUCUUCGAGUACAGAAUCUGGAAGAAAGUGUAAAACACUUAGCUAUUUGGGUAUUUUCAAAAGAUAUCCAAUAG